AUGAGUAUGCACAAUUUGGAGUAUGAAGAGACUCACUCGGGAGACAUAAACAUCCUGAGCAACACUCGUCAAGUCAUCGAAUUCAGACGAAGCCAUUGUCUGCAGCUGUAUCGGGAUAUUGGGAUGCAACGCAGUGAGGUACCCAGACAAGUCACUUUAAGCAGUCGAGCCCCACUGAGCUGUAGGGACACAAGCGCAGACGACGACAUCGGGGCAGAUAUGUGGCAGUUAAGUCGGCCAUGUAUCAUGCGGGACCGAAAGCAGAAUCACUCCAGGCAUGAUGAUUUACCUAGUGAGGCGAAACCGUAUUCGGCCGAUCAGGCAGAAGCGUUCGCAGAUCAGCACGAUGUCCCCUAUCAGCUCAAAUAG